AUGCACGCAGGGAAUACGCGCGCAGCAGCGGCGGAAGCCCUUGCGCUCGCGCUCGCAGAGCGCUGCCGAGGAAGGACACGGGGAAAAGGGAGGGUGAGACAAUGGGAAAAACGGAAGGGAGCAAGAGCGCGCUCGCAGGCCGUUGCCAAGGCAGCCGCCGAGUUGUCGCUAUCUGAGCUGGCGAGCAGCAUGGUGCCCCUCUCCUCCUUUCCCUCUCAGCCCCUCUCCUCCUUUCCCCCUCAGCCCCUCUCCAAGUGCAGGAAGCAGAGCAGUGCUGGAGCGGGGGCUUUGCUCGCUGCAUGCAGGUCGGCGCUGAUCGACCUCUUUGCUGGCAGUAGUGGCGGUGGAGGUGUGGCAGGAGGGAACGGCAGCAGCAGUGGCAUGGGGAGUGGGUGGAGCAGCAGUAGCAUUCCCGCGAUGCCUCUCCCACGCCUCCUCAGGGUUGUGCCAUGGGUCCCUCCCUCACUAUCUCCUUGUCCUUCCCUCAUGUUUCUCCGUCUUCCUUAUCCCAUUUCUGCCCAUCUCCACCCGCUCUUUCAUCCCAUCACCCUCCCCUCCCUCUCCCGUACGCGCUUCUCCCCACUCUCACACGCGCUGCUGCCCCUUCCGUACGCGCUUCUCCCCACUCUCACACGCGCUGCUGCCCCUUCCCUCCGCGCUGCUUCCCCACUUCCCCUCCCACUCACCGUUUCACCCAUUCCCUUGCACCUACAGCCCUUCUCCUCCUUUCGCUCGCUUAUGAUUUCCACCCUUCCGUUUCUGCCCGCUUUUCUCCUUUCCUCUGUUCUCAUUCCCACCAUUCCUCUCCUCCUUUUCCUGCAAGCCUAA